AUGGCAGAGGUUGAUGUUGGAGCUGAGACGGACAACUCUCAGCGUCUGUUGCACAAUGAUUCAGCGCAGCACCUGAAGAUGAGGGAGAGACAGCGCUUCUUUGGAGUCUACCAGCAUGAUAUGGACAACUACCUGCCCUCCUCUCACCUGCAGAUCGACUGCAGGAAACCCCCCAUGGGGAGCAUCUCCUCCAUGGAAGUGAAUGUGGACGUUCUCGAGCAGAUGGACCUGAUGGACAUCUCUGACCAGGAAGCUCUCGAUGUUUUUCUCAAUUCAGGCCCUGGAGUAGAUGAAGGACCUCUGGCAUCCCCACUGCCAGAGAUUGAAGAUGAAGAAGAAGAGGAUGAGGAGGAGGAAGAUGAAGAAGCAGAGGUUGUGUACAGGGAACGGGUACCUUUGAAACGGCAGCACGAAGUGCAACAAGGCUCCAAUCUCGCAUGUCCUCAACAUCAUCUGGUUCCAGUGAUACCAGUGAGGGUGGAAUCGACACACCUGUGAUCCAGUCCGACGAUGAAGAAGUCCAUGCCGACACUCUGCUGCUCACCUCUGUCCCUCAUACCAGGGAUGAAGAAACUGAGGAGGAAGAUGAGGAAGAAAGAUGCCUUGGGACAAAAUCCUCUUAGAGACAGAACUUUAAUCUCUGUGGAGAUGAAGGAAAGGGCAAAACAUGUCUGAAACUGAUCUCUGUGUUACUCUACAUUUUCAUUCCUCUUUUUGGAAAACCCCAGCAUGGUUUACCUGGCUGUGAUUUGCUGUCUUUUUGAAUGUUUUCCUGAGAACUUCUUUCCUAAUACCCGUUGAGUGCUCGUUUAAUGUAACUGUUGAAAAUCCUGGUAAUGGUGACAUUCCUGAACAAAUGUGAUGAGUCAUCCCGCUCACUUACACUCAUCUGUUGUGGCUGAAAUUAAAUAAUGUUGGCUCAA